AUGGGUACCACCAUGAUUUUGACAUGGCUUCUCUUGUUGGGUCCAGCACUUCUGGAGGCCAAAACAGCUCCCUACGUCCAUCUGGUGAACGGAAGGCACCGAUGUGAAGGUCGUGUUGAGAUCUACUACCGAGGACAGUCGGGGACAGUUUGUGAUGACUUCUGGGACCUCGCGGACGCCCAGGUUGUGUGCAGGCAGCUGGGGUGUGGCAGGGCCAUUGCAGCUCUAGGAAGUGCCUACUUUGGGCAAGGCUCAGGGGACAUCGUGCUGGACAACGUGAGGUGCAGUGGAAAUGAGGUGUCCUUGCUGCGCUGCAAUCACACUGGGUGGAGGAUCCACAACUGUGCCCACUAUGAAGAUGCUUCUGCUGUCUGUUCAGAAGAGUCUGAUUCAAAACAAGCAGAGCCAACAUCAACAUAUACAACAUAUUCAGCGCUGGAGACAACAUCCACAGAAGGGACAACACCCAUAGAACCAAUGACGUCUCCAGGAGAGACAUCAAUGUCAGCAUCAACAGUCUUCACAGAGGAGACAAUGUUCCCUGGGGAGAUGGCCACCACAGUGCCAAUGACAACCCUAGAGGUCACACCCAACUCAUGGCGAAAGACCUCCCCAGAAGAGAUGUCUGCUCUACCAGAGACCUCUGCCCUACCGCUGUUGCACUCACUGCCUGACAUGAUCACCACAGUGAGAUUGGACACCACAGUGGAGGAAAGCACAACAGCAGGAAUGCCCAGCCCAACAUCUCCGACCAGCGCAGCACUACCCACCAGCACACCAGAGAUGUCCACCUCAGCAGAGAUGACCACCACAGCGGGAUCCAGUGCCACACCAGAGAUGUCCAGCUCAGCAGUGAUGUCCAGCUCAGCAGUGAUGUCCAGCUCAGCAGUGAUGUCCACCUCAGCAGAGAUGACCACCUCACCGGAGACGACCACAUUCACAAGGAUGAUAACCUCACCAUUGUUGAGCACCUCAGAGACAGCUAUGAGAGAAGAGGAGAGCACACCAGGGAUGCCCAUGAUAGAGCAGAAGAUAGAGGAAACAGCCCUCAUAGCAGAGAUGACCACCUCAGCAGACACAACCACCUCAGGAGAGACGACAACCACCUCAGUAGAGACAACCACCUUAGCAGAGAUGACCACAACCUCAGCAGUCACACCCACCUCAGAAGGGCCACCCACCUCAGAAGAGCUACCCACCUCAGUAGAGACAACCACCUCAGCAGAGACAACCACCUCAGCAGAGACAACCACUUCAGAAGAGACGACCACUUCAGCAUGGACUGCAAGAGGGGAAGGGAGUCCACCAGCUCCAGCACCCACCACAUCCAGGCCAUACUCCACAGGGCCCAGCGUGCGGCUGUCGGGCGGCAGGAACGGCUGCGAGGGCCGCGUGGAGCUGUACGACGGCAGCUCGUGGGGCACGGUGUGUGACGACCAGUGGGAUCUGCAGGAUGCCCAGGUGGUGUGUCAUCAGCUGGGCUGUGGCCAGCCCCUGGCUGCGCUGGACACUGCACACUUUGGCCUGGGCUCCGGCCGCAUCUUCCUGGACGACGUGCAGUGCCGAGGGGAUGAGCCCUCCCUCCAGAUGUGCCGGCACAACGGCUGGGGCGUGCACAACUGCAGGCACGUGGAGGAUGCCAGUGUCAUCUGUGCAGCUGCCAAUCCAACCCCUCCUGCUCAAUGGCCGUACACAACAGGGCCCAGCGUGCGGCUGUCGGGCGGCAGGAACGGCUGCGAGGGCCGCGUGGAGCUGUACGACGGCAGCUCGUGGGGCACGGUGUGUGACGACCAGUGGGACCUGCGGGAUGCCCAGGUGGUGUGCCACCAGCUGGGCUGUGGCCAGCCUGUGGAUGCCCCGCAAAAUGCUCGCUUUGGCCCGGGCUCCGGCCGCAUCUUCCUGGACGACGUGCAGUGCCGCGGGGACGAGCCCUCCCUCCAGAUGUGCCGGCACAACGGCUGGGGCGUGCACAACUGCAGGCACGUGGAGGAUGCCAGUGUCAUCUGUGCAGCUGCCAAUCCAACCACUCCUACUCAAUGGCCACUCACAACAGGGCCCAGCGUGCGGCUGUCGGGCGGCAGGAACGGCUGCGAGGGCCGCGUGGAGCUGUACGACGGCAGCUCGUGGGGCACGGUGUGUGACGACCAGUGGGACCUGCGGGAUGCCCAGGUGGUGUGCCACCAGCUGGGCUGUGGCCAGCCUGUGGAUGCCCCGCAAAAUGCUCGCUUUGGCCCGGGCUCCGGCCGCAUCUUCCUGGACGACGUGCAGUGCCGCGGGGACGAGCCCUCCCUCCAGAUGUGCCGGCACAACGGCUGGGGCGUGCACAACUGCAGGCACGUGGAGGAUGCCAGUGUCAUCUGUGCAGAGACAUCCACCCCUCUGGAAAUGACCACCACAGCACCAGCCCCUGCCACAGCCGAGGAGUCCAGCCCAGCACUGCUGACCACCACAACCACAACAGCUACCACAGCAAUGAGCAGCACACCAGCUCCAGUGGCCACCUCAACACCUCCACCAGCACUUUAUUUUUGUGGUGGCUCAGUCUCAGAUUCCUCUGGGGUGCUGGAGAGUCCCAACUAUCCUGGAAAUUAUCCAAACAAUGCUGACUGCGUGUGGGAAAUACAAGUGGAGAACAAUUUCCGUGUAACGCUCACAUUUAGAGAUAUUGUGAUGCAAAGCGGAACGUGCCAGCAGGACUACAUUGAAGUCUAUGAUGGACCUCUCCACUCUUCCCCUCUUCUUGGGAGAUUCUGUUCUGGUUCCUUUCCCACAUACGUGUCCUCUUCAAACAUGAUGAGUGUUCGCUUCCACAGUGAUUCCAGAUACUCCUUCAGAGGGUUUCAGGCUCACUACUCCUCCAUUCCAGCAGGUCACAACACCAGUAAGUUCCUGUGCUUGCCAGACUACAUGCACAUAGUGGUCAGCAGAGACUACCUCCAGUCCCAGGGCUACUCAGCACAGAGGGUCACGCUGAACGACAACCGCUGCAGACCGACAGUCACCUCACAGGAGGUUGUAUUCAACAUCCCCUACAGCGGCUGUGGGACAGUGCAAGAGGAGAACAACGACACAAUCAACUACUCCAACACCAUCAGGGUCGCAUCUUCCGGGUAUGUAAUCAAGAGGAAAAAGAACAUCAACUUGCAUGUCAGCUGCAAAAUGCUGAGGAAGAGCUGGCAGCAGGUGGUGUAUGCUGCUGAGGACACGGUGGAUGUGGACGAGUACCAGUUUGGAAGAUACAACAUGAACAUCACCUUCUACGAUUCCCCAGCGUUCCGGCGCCAAGUGCGCGGCUCUCCCUACUACAUCGACCUCAACCAAAACCUCUACCUCCAAGCCUGUCUUCACAGCUCAGACCCAAACCUGAAGGUGGUUGUGGACACGUGUGUGGCAUCACCUGACCCUCGCGAUUUUAACACGCUGGCCUAUUACUUAGUCAGGAAUGGGUGUCCUAGAGAUUCUUCCUAUGCCACGUACUACUCCCCUUCCAGCCACUUUGCUCGGUUCAAGUUUAACGCCUUCGAGUUCAUGAGCCGGCACCCGUCGGUGUUCCUGAAGUGCCAGAUGCUGGUCUGCAGGCUCGGGGACUACUCCUCCCACUGCUACCGGGGCUGCAGCUCCAGGGCCAAGAGAGACACCAGCUCUGCUGAGGAAAAAGUGGAUGUGGUGGUUGGGCCCCUUCAGCUCCGAGGAGGGGAUGCUCUGAGUGGGAACACCGGGAAAGACGAAUAAAUUUCUCUCACAUUUGCUCUAGGGUGACCAACGGGAUUCAAGAAAAGCCACAGCUCUGUCGCCUCUCACUGAAAUCUGCUUUUGCCAACUUUGCUAUAAAAAGGAAGAGAUCCACAGCUUGCAAGCUUCUGCUUUCACUAGCAUUUUUAAAAAGUGUAACUUCCCUGGCUGUCCCAAAGGAGAGUUCCCUGUAACCCCCUUUUUAGUGCUAUGACUCCUUGAAUUGUGCUAAUUAGCUCCAGUCUGAUUGUGGAUUUGAAGGCACUUGGGGAUAUGGUUUAUUGGUGGACUUAUCUGUGCUAGUUUAAUGGUAGGACUCGAUAACCUCAAAGGUCUUUUCUGACCUAAAUGAUCCCCUGAUUCCGUGACAGCCAGCUGGGAGCAAACUCCCAGCUCUCUUAAGAAAUAUUUAAUUCUCUCAGUUGUUUUCUGCUUAUGAAGUUUACUCAGCCGAGUU